CAGCAAUAAUGAGCUAUUAGCCCAUGCUGAUUGAUUAACCGCUUUACGAACAACUUUUAAUUGGCUUUUCUCACGCAACAGGUGCCCAUCAUUGAGAACAGCGUCUGCCAGGAGAUGUUCCACACGGCCGGGCACAAUAAGAAGAUACUUAACUCGUUCCUCUGUGCGGGCUAUGCCAACGGGCAGAAGGACUCGUGCGAGGGUGACAGCGGCGGUCCUUUGGUACUGCAGCGUCCCGAUGGACGUUACGAGCUGGCUGGCACUGUAUCGCAUGGCAUCAAGUGUGCGGCGCCCUAUCUGCCGGGUGUCUAUAUGCGUACCACAUUCUAUAAGCCGUGGCUGCGCAGCAUAACGGGUGUUAAAUAAACCACGUACACACACACACAUUGAAACUGUAAAUAGAACAAAUAGUUUUUAGAGGACUUUGACGAGGCGAAAUGACCUAUAAAUAAAUGUACAUAUAUUU